UGGAACCUCUUGGCAUAGACGGAGGAAACCAAUUUGGAAAUGACAAAAAGAAGCCGUCUUGAUUCAGUAGCCGCUAACAAGCAUUCAUUUUGACUAUUACUCCAACUACAUGUGACGAAUUUGAAUCUUAUUUCAAGGUUGUGACCAAUUCACUGCAGCCUUUCCCUGGUUUAAGUUUAGGCCUACUUUAUACUGGACGUCGUUUACAUGCACCAGAGGAGACUACAUGCACUUGAUAACAAAAUGCGAAUUCUUACAAAUUCCCGUAUCAAACGCCAUCUUUUUAUUUUAUUCGUGGUAUGGACAGGGUUAUUUCUAUUACCCCUGAUAUACUACAUCACUUGGAUCUAUCCUGUUUACCGUGUUCCUAAAUCGGCUUCUUAUGAAGGUCUGUUUGAAUGCAGCUACCAGCCGCCGUUGAAUUUGCUGUUCCCUUCAUGGACACCCGCUGCGCAACUUCCCGUUGCGCACGUUCUCCUACAACAAUCUAAUGGCACGGUAGAAAUGGUGAAUGGAGUUAAAUUGAUGGAGAACUUCACAUGGAAAUUAGUUCCAAAUACGACCCACUACGUGUUUUCGGCUUUCUGGGACACCAGAAAAGAUUCCUUUAUCAGGAUUAUUUCUAUAAUUGACAAAUAUAGAAAAGCUCCCUCUUUUUGUCGAGUGUGGCAUAAAACUGUUGGAAAGGACGGAAAAAAGAACGAAAGUAACCUUCGGAUUUCAACCAGCCUACGUAAACUUUCAGUGGAAAUUAUUCCGAAAGGUGGAAGAUAUGUUUGUUCCAUCCUCCAUUGCGACGUCUCCAAGCUGCUACAACCUAUCGCGGUGUCAGUUGUUCGUGAUAGAUCGGUCAAAGAAACAGGGCCUCCAAUGUUGAAAGUCGUUGACAGACAACCCAACUGGAUAAAAGGCAAAGACAGACAAAUUAUAGGCGUCUGCAUCCAGACCCCUCUCUUUGAUUACAAGAAUUUUCUGAAAUUGGUGGAAGCCUUUGAAAUGUACAAGAUAUUGGGAGCCAAGCAUGUUACUCUGUACAAUUACACCGGAGAUCCAGUGCUUAAUCACGUUCUUCAAGGCUACGUGGCACAAGGCUUUCUUGACGUGAUCCCUUGGCCUUUGCCUCGUGAAAUACGCGUCAAUACGUCCGACGGGGACGAUAAGCAAGGAGUUCACUACUACGCCGAGCUCGCUGCCGUUCAGGAUUGCCUGUACCGCAACAUGCACAAGUUCAAGUACAUCGUUUUCAUGGAUACUGAUGAAGUCAUUGUACCAAGAAAAACCCGAGUCUGGAUGAAAAUGAUAAAAAGCCUACCGCAAGAUGUGGCGGGAUACUACUUCAAAAAGGCCGAGUUCAAUUUGGCCAAGGCAAAAAUACGAAAAAAUUCCACGGGACACGUUGAUCAACGGCUUCUGAAGUACCAUCCGCCUUACAUUCUGACGCGUCAUAGAUUCAGGCUGAUUUUCGAAUUCAACAAGAAAUGCUGUUUUAAAUCGAUUGUGAGGCCGGAUAAAAUUUGGACCAUGAGCAUUCAUUGGGCGGAGAAGGCCGACGGACCGAUGCAUGAAACGAAGGCAUAUACAGGACUCACCCAUCACUAUCGCUCACAUCCCAUGACAAAACGCCUUCAAACUCUCGAUCCAUAUAUGACCAGAUACGAAGGCCAGUUAAUGAGCAACAUUGACAAUUUCAUGCAGAGUAUACUUAAUGUGACUGGACAGUCACAUUAAGUUAAGAUCAACCUUUACCAAUUUUUUCAAAGGUCAAACCCAAAUGGAGGGGGGGAGGGAUAGAAAAACGAUUCGAGAGUGCGAGAAAAUUGCUUAUUUUCCGGGGAAUAUCCAUUUUGGCGGGUAAAUCUCAUAGAGUGUACCUUUAAUUACAUUGCACCCAUAAAUGUAUAAUGACCAUGCAUUCUCCCUAACAAGUUGAGCACAUACAAUGAUUAUUGGUGUUCUUUUUUUUAAAUGUUUUAAAUACAUGUACAUAAACAUUUAACUUUUUUAAUAUAAAUUUAGUUAUAUUUAAAGAUCUUAUCAACUUUUCUUUGUAAUGAAAAUUAGUACUAGACAAUAUCGACAUAUGUAUACCAUUGCAUGUAGCUAUCUUCUAAGUUAAGUAUGACAAACAAUAUUUGUACAGGGUUUUGUAGCUGAUAUAUC